CUAAGUUUGGAAUUAAAUAAAGAUAGAGAUGUGGAAAGAGUACAUGGGAAUGGUAUCAACACCCUUGAUAUUGAGCCUGUUGAAGGAAGAUACAUGUUAUCUGGUGGGUCAGAUGGUGUUAUUGUGCUUUAUGACCUUGAAAACUUGACCAGAGAACCAAGUUACACAUGUAAAGCGCUUUGUUCUGUGGGAAGGGGACAUCCUGAUGUACAUAAAUUCAGUGUGGAGACGGUCCAGUGGUAUCCUCAUGACACUGGCAUGUUUACAUCCAGCUCAUUUGAUAAAACCUUGAAAAUAUGGGAUACAAAUACUUUAAAAUCUGCAGAUGUCUUUCACUUUAAAGGAACAGUUUAUAGCCAUCACAUGUCUCCAGUUGCUACAAAUCAUUGUUUAGUAGCAGUUGGUACCAAAAGCCCCAAAGUACAGCUCUGUGACUUGAAGUCUGGAUCUUGUUCUCACAUUCUGCAGGGUCACAGGCAAGAAGUACUGGCAGUGGCUUGGUCCCCACGUCAUGAAUAUGUUUUGGCAACAGGAAGUGCUGAUGGUAAAGUGAAAUUAUGGGAUGUGAGGAGAGCAUCUGGAUGUCUGAGUACACUUGAUCAGCACAACGGAGAAAAGUCGAAAUCAUCUUCAGAGGCAGCAAACAGUGCUCACACUGGGAGAGUUAAUGGAUUAUGCUAUACAAAUGAUGGACUUCAUCUGUUAACCACUGGUACAGAUGAUCGGAUGCGACUCUGGAACAGCUCCACUGGAGAAAAUACAUUAGUGAAUUAUGGGAAAGUCUGCAAUGAAAGCAGAAAAGGACUCAAAUUUACAAUCUCUUGUGGCUGUGAUCCGGAGUUUGCCUUUGUACCAUAUGGUAGUACCAUUGCUGUUUACACGGUUUUCGCAGGAGAACUGAUAACUGUGCUUAGAGGGCAUUACACUGCUGUCAACUGCUGUGUAUUUCAGCCUAAUUUUCAGGAACUUUAUAGUGGUAGCAGAGAUUGCAAUAUUCUUGCAUGGAUACCAGCUCUACGAGAGCCAGUUCCUGAUGAUGUUUCUGAAAAGUCUCUGCCUCAACAGCAUUUAAAUCCAGCAUAUGAAGAUGCAUGGAGCAGCAGUGAUGAUGAAGGCUGAAUUUCAAUUAUGCGUUGAUAUGCAGUUGACAUGCAGGCACUGCGUUCACAGACUUCAUUUACAGAAUUGGAUAUUGUCUAUUACAACUGGAUUUUUGGUACAGUUCUGUUAGGAAAAGUUAUUUCAGAAAUAAGUUUCCACUGUUCUGUGUUUUUUCCUUCACUGUUAAAAGUUAGAUCUAAAGGAUUGUUUUUUCAUGCUUACUGACUUUUAUACUUACCCUUACACAUUGGCAUUCUUUAUUCAGUGUUGAAUAUCUGAUGAAAGAAAAACAAAAUCCCUUGG